AGGCGUUUCACAUUCGAUAUCGUCACAAUUAUAAACGUUAUUAAAUUUAUAAACAGUGUAGCCAUGCGUCUAAUUUGCAUAUUACUUUGUUCUUUAAAUUAUUUUGCGAGUUCAGAAAUUAUACGAGAUGGCUACCAUAAGGCUAUUGGGAUACCGACAGCCUAUAAGCUAAUGGGUAUGGAAGGGGUCAACCGAAUCGUGGGUGGAGGGCCGGCGGCCACUAUCACCGCAUUUCCUCACCAGGCAGGCAUAAUUGUGACGCUGACAACUAAAGGGACAUCUGUUUGUGGAGGUGCUGUGAUAUCCAAUACCAGAGUCCUCUCCGCUGCGCAUUGCUGGUGGGACGGUCAGAGCCAGGCCACGCAAUUCACCAUUGUCCUGGGAUCGUUGCUUCUAUUCUCUGGAGGUACCAGAAUAACCACAAAGGAUGUUGUUACUCAUCCAAAUUGGAAUGCAAAAGACAUGAGGCAUGAUAUCGCUAUUGUGAAGAUAGCUAGAAUUAACUUUAAUAACAACAUUCAAGCUAUUCCCUUACCUGACAUGGGUGAUGUAGGACAACACUUUGGUGGACUAUCAGCGACCGCUAGCGGUUAUGGAAAGACAAGUGACGCCCAAAACAGCUUCCCACCCAGCACCAGUCUCCAUCAUGUGAACAUGGAAAUUCUCACUAAUGCUGUUUGCCAGAGAAGUUUUGACAUACCAAUUCACGGAAGCCAAAUGUGUACCCGUGGGGUUCGAGGAAUUGGGACAUGUGAUGGUGAUUCAGGAGGACCUCUGUCAGUUGUUUGGAAAAAUCGACGAACUUUGGUGGGGAUUGUGUCUUUUGGAGUCGGUGAUGGCUGUCAGGCUGGCUACCCCUCUGUUUACACCCGAGUAACAGCAUUUUUGUCAUGGAUUCAAGGCAAUAUGUAAACAAAAUAUACUCUCAGCUAUACUUAAACGAACGUCUAUACGAUUAAUAAUGACUUAAUAAACAUCAUAUCCCUAUACGUUUUAUGAACAAACAUUAUAUAAUAAAACAACUUAAUAUUUA